AUCUCUUCAACAUCUUAUAUCACUCGGGAUCUCUCAAUCGCUACCUGUCGAAUCUCAACUGACAUCACAGUCGUUUCGUAAACUCCAAUCGCUUAGUGAUUCAAGUCGAAUAAUAAUAAUAACACCAGUCCUUUCGCUUUACCAUCGUGGCCAAUAUACCGAUCAAAAUGAAGCUAACUCAGAUCCUCGCGUCCGUCGUUGGGCUGUUUGCCGUUGCGAAUGCUUGGGGUGAGACCGCAGUUUGGACAACGGUCGUGGAAACCGACUACACUACUUACUGCCCGUCUCCUACUACUUUCGCCUGGCAGAAUGUGACAUAUACUGCUACUACAGAGACCACUCUUACCAUCACCAACUGCCCUUGCACCAUUACCUACUCUCAACCUCCUCCAAUCACCACAACUUCGUACUUUCCGCCAACUCUUAUUCCUACGGGGACUGCCCCUUCUUUCUCUUCUUUCUCUUCUUACCCCUAUUCCAACGUGAGCUCUACGGUCGGCUCUACGGUCGGCUCUACGGUCAUCACUUACACCCCGGCGCCGUCAACUUACAUCUCCGGAACCGUCCCCAUCACCACCCCCGAAGUCCCGACUAAUGUCCCCAUCCCGCCCACAUCCUCCGGCCCGGUGGUGAUCCCCACGGCGGCUGCCGGCAAGGUUGGACCCGUCGGUGCUCUUCUUGCUGCUGGUCUCGCUGCCCUCGCUCUGUAAACUAAGUAAUACGAAACUCCGUACUAUUGCGUUUUGCAGAUACCCGUUUUUGCUUUUUUAUAAUACCUAGGCGGCAAAUGAUUCCCCUCACCUUUUGGAUGAAGCUAUGAUUUGAUAUGGUUGGCAUCUGGAAGCGGAAAUGGUUAGCGGCCUCGUUC